CCUCUGGCCUCUUCGUUUUCGCCUUCUCUCCCUCGCGAUAUCACCACCACCACCACAUUCGAAACCACGACACCCACUUUCUUCUCCUCCUCCUCCUCUUCUACCUCCGCCAUCAACAACAACCCCGCCAUCCGCAACCAUCAUGCCUCGUCAACGCUCCGUCGGCCGUGCCCCCAGCCGCCCUACCGCCCCGGCGCCCGCCGCUCCCCAGCAGCACCGGCCCGCGACGACCAUGGCCGCGCCCCCGCCGCAGCAGCAGAUGGCGCCGCCGGCGCAGCAGUCUGCCGGCCCGGGCCUGUUUGGCCAGAUGGCCAGUACCGCUGCCGGUGUCGCCAUCGGCUCCUCGGUCGGCCACGCCAUCGGCGGCCUCUUCUCCGGCGGCUCCUCCGAGCCUGCUCCCGCGCCCCAGCAGCAGGCUGCCGUGCAGACGCAGAACCAGCAGCAGCAGCAGCAGUGGGGCAGCAACAACUGCGCCGGCGCCGCCCAGCAGUUCACCAAGUGCCUCGACGACAACGGCGGCAACAUGCAGAUCUGCAACUGGUACCUCGACCAGCUCAAGGCGUGCCAGGCCGCCGCCAGCCAGUACUAGAGCGUCGUCGUCGUCGCGCCGAGUAUAUGGAAGCAGGGUGGGGGGCGAACACUGGGUCCGGUACUGAGCACGGUUACGUUUGAAGGACCUACGGGGAUGGCAGCAUGAGCGUGCAUAUCUUGGGAUGGGCAAUACGAACAGGCCCACGGACGAAUCGCCGCUUUUGGAUUUGUAUUAUACAUUGUAAAGAGGCAUUCCCGCUCUAAAGGGACUCGGCGUCAAAAUCUUCACACGUCUAAUCGUGCCUCGCUAUCCUCCUCGUCUGGGCGCGGCUCAA